AUGGGGGGAGGGGUGUCUGAAGAUCAGGCAAAAGUUAAAUAUUUUAAUCCGUUUUUAUCUUAUUUAUUCAUUUAUAUUUUCUUUGUGUACUUGCUGACUGUGGAAGUGUUUGCAGGAUACUCGCAUCGUGGGCUGAUCGCGUUCUGUGCUGCUACAGUUGUGGGCUUUGCUGGCGGCCUGCUCUUCACAGGUGAAAGCUGUCAGGUGGAUGGAGAGAAUCCAUCGGAGAAGGUGCGCGUGCUGUGUGUGGUGAUCACGCAGCCAGAGAACCACCGUGACAAGGCGCUCGCCGUCAAGGAGACGUGGGGACAACGGUGCUCGGAACUCCUCUUCUUCAGCUCUCAGCUGGACAUGAUGCUGCCGGUUGUAACCCUGAAUGUGUCAGAGGGCAGAGAGGUGCUGUGGAACAAGACGAAGGCAGCCGUACGGUAUGCGUGGGACAAGGGGCUGCUGAGAAGGAACGAAUGGUUACUCAAGGCAGAUGACGACACGUAUGUGGUGAUGGAGAACCUGCGGCAGCUGCUCCAGCCCCUGGAACCUGAGGAGGCGCUUUACCUAGGGCUCCACUUGCUGGCCAAUGUACCCAAAGGCUACAUGAGCGGUGGGGCAGGCUAUGUGCUCAGCCGUGGUGCCGUCCAAAGGCUGGUGGCUGCCUGGGAUCUGGAUGUGGAACUGAAGGAGGACGACUCUGGUUUUGAGGACAUCAACAUUGGCUGGUGGAUGGAAAAAGUGGGCGCCACAUUUGUGCAGACAGCCGACGUGAAUGGACGCAGGCGCUUCCACGCUUUUCCCCCGUCCCGCGAGCUGAGCCCGAAGAUAGAUAUGAUGGCCAUGAGCCAAUUCUAUAGGGAGGCCACGGGGUGCUGCUCGGACACCGCAGUCUCCUUCCACUACUUGUCCGCUGCAGCCCUGAGGACCAUGGAGUACCUGCUGUACGACGUGGCGAUCUAUGGGGACGGAUGGUGUCUUCCCGGCUAUGGGAAGUGGUGA